UGCCACACAUGCUUAGAGCAAUAAAUGUUAUUAUCAAAGGUUACAGGGGAUUUAAAGCUCACCUAGAAAGUGCUUCACAUGAAAAUCCAAAAGCUGAAGGACUUGCCAAAAUUCGAACUGAUGUAGCGGUUGUCACAUUCAUGUUAAAUUUAAAGGAAAUCAUAUCACCUUUAAACAGACUAUCCUUGAUUCUGCAGAAACAGAACCUAACAUUGUAUAAUGGACAUGCACAGAUCAAAGCAACUACAGAAGUUCUAAAAAUAUGCAAACCAAAGUAUGGGGACCAUGAGAUUCAUCUUGUAAAGAAAAAUCUCAAGUCCACCUUAAUAAGGUCAGGCAUGGAUAUAGAGGAAGUUAACACAGAGUGGGCCAUUUUGAAAUCUUUAAUAUAUCAAAGGUACAGUAACAGACUUAUAGAUGGUGCCUUGACAUGGGGAUCUGUGUUUGAAACAUUCAGGGAUGGCCUUGACAAUAUAAAGCUUGUUAUAGAUGCUCUGCUCAGUCUACCACCAACAAGUGUCAAUAAAGAAACUACAUUCAGCAGAAUCAAACUCAGCAAAGGCAAGAGGCGGGGUCAUUUGAAGACGGACACAUUGAAGGACUUGAUCCAAGUCGAAAUUGAGACUGAUAAUGUUGAGCAGUUUGACCCAAAGCUGGAUGAUUACCCCUUCAGACAGAAGAAGGAGAGUUGGCUAUUCCAGACCAUCACGAUUAACCGAGACACUCCAAACAAACACAGUCGACCAAGAAACUGUUGUGGUUGGUCAUGAUGAGAUUGAUACACCAGCUGCUGGUCAAGACAUCCAGGGAUCAAUAUACAGGGAUAUUGCUACUCUGAGGCCCAUGCAGGAAAGUCAUAUUGUGAUUCAAAGAUGGCAAAUAAGCGCAAAAAGAUAAAAAGUUGGGUUGCAAGUUGAAAAAAAAACAUUGUAACAGCAGCUGAUAUGAAAACUGUCCUUGACUCUAGAACAGGUGUUGCUGGAUGUCAAGUCUCUAAAUGUGCUAACAACACCUCAUAACACAAACUGAUUACACACAAGUUAGAAGGAAUAAAUGAUUUUAAUGAGUUGUGAGUUGA